AUGGCGACAGCCACGGUGCUCAGCUUGGAUUGUUUACCUUCCGACCCGCUGUUACUGAUCCUGUCGUUUCUCGAUUUGAGAGAUCUGGUCAGCUGUAGCUAUGUAAGUAGGCGUCUGAAUGAGUUGACAGGUCAUAAUCCUUUAUGGAAGAGGCAUUGCCAAAAGCACUGGCUUCUCACAGAGUCAGAUAAGGCUCAGAAAGGGCAGAGCUGGAAGGAAUUGUUCUGUGAGUUUUACGCUGAUCUGGGUCGCUACAUACAUCACUACAGCACACUGAAGAAGGCCUGGGACGAUCUUAAGGGCUACCUGGGUCAGAAAUGCCCGCGUAUGAUUGCCUCCCUCAAAGAGGGUGCAAAGGAGGAGGAACUGGAUGCCAUCGAGGCUCAGAUCGGCUGCAAGCUCCCCGACGACUACCGCUGCUCCUACAGGAUACAUAACGGCCAGAAGCUGGUGGUUCCUGGGUUGAUGGGCAGCAUGGCCUUGUCCAAUCACUAUCGCUCUGAGGACCUGCUGGACAUCGAGACAGCAGCAGGGGGCUUCCAGCAGAGGAAGGGCAUGAAGCAGUGUCUCCCCCUCACCUUCUGCUUCCACACGGGUCUAAGCCAGUACAUGGCCCUAGAAAGCAUAGAGGGACGCGUGCGCGGUGAAAUUUUCUACCACUGUCCGGACCAACUGGCACAAGAUCCGUCGGCUAUUGAUAUGUUCAUUACAGGGUCCAGCUUUACUGAAUGGUUUACCUCGUACGUCCAAAAUGUAGUUACGGGAGAAUAUCCCAUCAUUCGGGACCAGAUCUUCAGGUACGUCCAUGAUAAAAAGUGUGUGGCCACUACUGGGGACAUAACUGUCUCUGUCUCCACAUCUUUUCUACCAGAGCUCAGUUCGGUCCAUCCACCACACUUCUUCUUUACCUACAGAAUCAGGAUUGAAAUGGCCAAGUCCGCUUUGCCCGAGAGCGCAUGUCAGUUGGACACCCGUUACUGGAAGAUAACCAACGCCAACGGGAAUGUAGAAGAGGUCAGAGGUCCAGGUGUUGUGGGAGAGUUCCCGGUGAUGACCCCGGGAAAAAUUCACGAGUAUGCCAGCUGCACCACGUUCUCCACUACGUCCGAGUACAUGGAGGGCCACUACACCUUCCACAGGCUUAAAAACAAAGAGGAGGUGUUUGACGUUGCAAUCCCACGGUUCCACAUGGUGUGCCCACCCUUCCGUGAGUCCAUGGUGCGCUCGAACUCCGUGAGCGAGGUGCCUGGUUCUCUUUUCGACAACGACAACGCCUCGGACCCAGACGACUACGAGGAGGGAGAUCUUCGGGGUAUGAACAUGGCCGACCUCGGGGGGCGCUGUCCUCGCCACGUCUGAUGCGUGCACAAAUUCUGUUGAAAACUCAAAACUGGCAUGUGGCAGUGCGAGGGCAAAUGAGAAUAAUGGAUUUAGACUCCUAUUGUUUUGUAUACAAAGGCUGUGUGUCUGUCCUCUGGUGAACCUCCCGCCCACUUUCGGCCCCAUUUUCUGUGGUUGAAUUCUCGCAUCCGCAGUAAUAGUGUGAGAAGAGACGUGUGCAUUCGCUCAGAUCGUGCUUUCUGUAGGUUGUAAUAGGGCUGGCUCUUUCUUAAUACAAUGUCCUGUUUGCUAAACGUUUGGAAACUUUUGUUUAGAGGAAUAUAUUAGUGUUGGUGCAUUUGUAAUAUUAUUUGUUUAAUCAGAGCAUUUAAGAGGACAGGCACAGCUCGAGUGUUUAUGUGAUUAUAUUUUGAAUAGACAGUACAAAAGAGCACACCAAUCCAAACAAUGAGCCAAAAAAUGAUGACUAUUCACUAUUAUGAGUUUAAUACACAGUUGUGACCUAGACUCUAACUUGCUGGUGUACACCACACAUUUUGAAGCUCAAUUUUGAGCCAAAGCCUCCCCUCGUCUGUUCUUAAUCAGUCAUUGAGGCUGCAGAAUGUUUAGUCCAGUAAUAAUCAACAGCCAAUCCAGUCCAGUAAUAAUCAACAGCCAAUAAAAUCAUAAUACUGGUAUAUUGUAUACUUUCGGCCCAUGUGAGACGACUGUGUUUUCAGAACCUCAAGUAAUAGCAGGGAAACUCAGUGUAGUCUUUUGUUUUAGCUCAACAGCCAUACAUGUACAGUAGUAUGGUGGGACAUGUCCAGCUUAUCAUGUUUUGGCCAUUCUCUGCUUUCCAUGCAUGUUAAGUAUUAAUUUUUGCCCACAUUCAGUCACGCUAUAUUUUUUGGCCUAAUUUGAUGUUGCGCAUGUUUAUGAUUUCAUGCACAACAUGCCACAUAUUUAAUACCUGUAUUAUUGUAAUAUAUUACUUUUUCAUGCUCAGUGUUGAGGAAUUAUAAAGCACGUAUUGCAAGACCCCUUAUUCCUAAUUGCGAGCAAUUAAUUACACCUAAUGAGGUGCAAAUGAUUGAGUUUUGAAAAAGUAUGAAGUGUACACCAGGCUUGACCAGCCAAAUUGUGUUAUAGGUGUGUCGUAGUUCAUUGUAUUCUAUUGUAUAAUUUGAAUAAUGACAUACAAAAUAUUAGCAUUGUCAUUUACGUUUUCAGAUAAUAAUAGUUGGACUUUUUGUUCCAAUCGAGAUGUUUUGUAGGUCUAUAAACAGCCGAAUAACGACGUGUGAUAACGACUCGGUUUAGAGGUCAACCUGCCAUGCCAAAGCAGGCAGUGGUGUUCGAUAUUGCAGCGUAAAGCAGUACCACAAGCAGACGCACACAAAAAUGGUAAAACUGGACUUAGAUGCAUUACUUUGCUUUACUACUUUUCUUUCAUUUCUAUUGGUUUGCACACGGUAAGUAUCUGUGAAGCAUCUCUGGGGGAAACAGUAUAAGUAAAUACUUUGCCUAAAUGAAUUUAAAUCUAUCUUUGUUAGUAAUUACUAGCUCAUUUACUCAUUUGAUUUUGGUGGUAAAAUGAUUGCAGUGCAAUAGGUUUUUUUUAAGAAGUCUGCUAUUCUGUCAAACGUAUGUAUGAUCCGUUUUCUUUAUUUGUAAAUGUAUGUUUUUUAUGUUUGGAUAAAUAAACAGGAAUUAUAUAUGUA